AUGCAGUGCUUUAAAUUUAUUUCUCUUUCUUUCUUUCUUUCCAUUUUUCUUUCUUUCUUUUUUCUUUCCAAUUUUCUUUCUUUUUUCUUUCCAUUUUUCUUUCUUUCUUUUUUCUUUCCAAUUUUCUUUCUUUUUUCUUUGCAUUUUCUUUCUUUUUUUCUUUCCAAUUUUCUUUCUUUUUUUCUUUUUUUUUUCUUUCUUUCUUUUCUUUCCAUUUUUCUUUCUUUCUUUUCUUUCCAAUUUUCUUUCUUUCUUUUUUCUUUCCAUUUUUCUUUCUUUUCUUUCUUUCCAUUUUUCUUUUUUUUUUUUUUUUCUUUCCAUUUUUUUUUUUUUUUAUUUCUUUCUUUUCUAUUUUUCUUUCUUUUUUUCUUUCCAUUUCUCUUUCUUUCUUUUUCUUUCCAAUUUUCUUUCUUUCUUUUUUCUUUCCAUUUUUCUUCCUUUCUUUCUUUCCAUUUUUUUCUUUCUUUUUUCUUUCCAUUUUUCUUUCUUUUCUUUCUUUCCAUUUUUCUUUCUUUCUUUUUUCUUUCCAUUUUUCUUUCUUUUUUAUUUCUUUCUUUCUAUUUUUCUUUCUUUCUUUUUUCUUUCCAUUUUUCUUUCUUUUCAUUUUUCUUUCUUUCUUUUUCUUUCCAUUUUUCUUUCUUUCUUUCUUUCUAUUUUUCUUUCUUUCUUUUUUCUUUCUAUUUUUCUUUCUUUCCAAUUUUCUUUCUUUUUUCUUUGCAUUUUUCUUUCUUUUUCUUUCCAAUUUUCUUUCUUUUUUCUUUCCAUUUUUCUUUCUUUCUUUUUCUUUCCAUUUUUCUUUCUUUCUUUUUCUUUCCAAUUUUCUUUCUUUCUUUUUUCUUUCCAUUUUUCUUUCUUUUCUUUCUUUCCAUUUUUCUUUUUUUCUUUUUUCUUUCCAUUUUUCUUUCUUUUUUAUUUCUUUCUUUCUAUUUUUCUUUCUUUCUUUUUUCUUUCCAUUUCUCUUUCUUUCUUUUUCUUUCCAAUUUUCUUUCUUUCUUUUUUCUUUCCAUUUUUCUUCCUUUCUUUCUUUCCAUUUUUUUCUUUCUUUUUUCUUUCCAUUUUUCUUUCUUUUCUUUCUUUCCAUUUUUCUUUCUUUCUUUUUUCUUUCCAUUUUUCUUUCUUUUUUAUUUCUUUCUUUCUAUUUUUCUUUCUUUCUUUUUUCUUUCCAUUUUUCUUUCUUUUCAUUUUUCUUUCUUUCUUUUUCUUUCCAUUUUUCUUUCUUUCUUUCUUUCUAUUUUUCUUUCUUUCUUUUUUCUUUCUAUUUUUCUUUCUUUCCAUUUUUCUUUCUUUCUUUUUUCUUUCUAUUUUUCUUUCUUUCUAUUUUUCUUUCUUUUUUUUCUUUCCAAUUUUCUUUCUAUUUCUCCUUCUUUUCACUUUUAUACUUUUCCCACAUUUAUUCCCUUUCUUUAUUUCUCUCUUCUUUAUUUUUCACCUGUUUCUCUUUGA